AUGGAUGUAUUUGCUGCUAUGGGCAUCGCUGGUUUUGGGAAGAAAACUAGUAAGAGGACGCUCGACGCUGGUAGGUUCGACAAGAAUAAACGACAGGAUGAUGCUUUGGAGCCUGCAAAGAGCGAGUCAGCGACUCCAGGUCCCUCUGCUCCUGUGCAGGACUCGACCUCGACCUCUGCCUCUGCUUCCCCAGGUCCUGGCUCUAUGCCGCCCCCUCCCGUCCCUUCCAAAGCACAGUCACAAGCCCAAGCCCAAACUUCUUCAUCCUCUUCUACAAACGAGCCUUUCGAACCCGAAUUCGACCCAGACGAAUUUGCAUCCGACGACGAGGACGACGUCGGCCCCUCGCCUUUCAACGAACCCGGCAACGAGUUCCCAACGACGCACGAGCUCGUCCUCAAAGACCACACGAAAGUCGUUUCGUCGCUCGCUCUGGACCCGUCGGGCGCGCGGGUGCUGAGCGGGUCGCAUGAUUAUGAUUGUAAGCUGUGGGAUUUUGGGGGGAUGGAUGCGAGGUGUAGGCCGUUUAAGAGCUGGGAGCCGGCGGGGAGCUAUCAUAUUCAUGAUUUGAAGUAUUCUCCGGACGGGCACAAGUUCCUCGUUAUUUCGGGCACGUCGCAGGCGAAGCUUUAUGAUAGGGACGGAGACGAACAGGCGACGUACAUCAAGGGCGAUCCAUAUAUUCGGGACAUGAAGAACACAGCUGGUCAUGUUGGCGAGUUAUCCGCCUGCGCGUGGCACCCGAAGGACGCGCAGACCUUCAUCACGAGCUCGGCGGACUCGACUAUCCGGAUCUGGGACGUCGAGAACAAACGGAAGCAGAAGACGGUGAUCGUCGUGAAGUCCAAAGAACGCGGUGCGCGCACGAAAGUGACGACGUGCGGUUAUUCGCCCGAUGGGAGGGUCAUCGGCGGAGCGUGUAUCGACGGCGCCCUACACCUCUGGAAGACGAACUCGAACCUGGUGAGGCCGGAUCAAACGAUCGAAGGCGCGCAUACAAAGGGGACGGAGACGGGUUCGUUGGUUUUUUCGGUGGACGGGAGGACGUUGCUGACGAGGGGCGGAGAUGAUACGGUCAAAUUAUGGGACCUGCGCGCGUUCAAGAAACCGCUAGCGACGCGGACGAACGUCCUCACGCUCUACCCGACCACGAACGCGAUCUUCAGUCCGGAUAACAAGUACGUCGUCACGGGCGCCGGAGCGACUGCAAAGGGAGGUAAGGGAAAGUUGUUGUUCUUGAGGAGGGAGGAUCUGGAGGUGGAGAAGGAGGUGGACAUGGAUGCGACGCCGGUGGUGGUGCAGUGGCAUCCGAAGAUCAAUCAGAUCAUAACCGGCCUUACAAACGGCCAAAUCUCCGUCCUCUACUCUCCGUCCUCCUCCCUCAACGGUGCCAAACUGCUCCUCAACAAAGGGCCCUCCAAAAAGCCGACGAUCGAAGACAUGUCGGACGCGCUUGCGGCGCCAACGAUCAUCACGCCGCAUGCGCUGCCGAUGUUCAGGGAGGGAGAGCAGGGUAACAGAGGGAGUAAGAGGAGGAGGGAGAAGGAGAGGAUGGACCCGAGGAAGAGCAGGAGGCCGGAGAUGCCUGUUACGGGGCCGGGUAAGGGAGGUAGAGUGGGAGCGAGUGCGACGCAGCAUGUCGUGCAGAAUCUGGUUAGGGAUACGACGAGGGACGAGGAUCCUCGGGAGGCGCUGCUCAAGUACGCGGAGAGGGCAGAACAGGACCCACAAUGGACGGCAGCCUGGAGGGCGAACCAGCCGAAGCCAGUGUUUGCGGACGUCGAGGAGGACGAGGAGGAGGGCACUGGGUCGUAG